AUGAGAUUGGUUGGAGUCUCGGAGAGGGACUGGUGCGGAGGAGCGAGCCACCAGGGAUUUCAUUUCUUCGUCUCCGGAGGCCUGAGGCUGAGUGGGUGCCCCGUCGCCGUCGGCCUACGCUGCGCGCUCUUCCACUACUACUACUACUUCUCCAGCCCGCUAGUUGCCGCGGCACUGAGCGGCGGCGUCUCUUCCGGAGUGAUCAGCAGAGAAAACAGGUUAUUGUCUGCCUAUCUACCACACAGCAAGAUGUCGGUAGCCAAGAAGGACGAGGUUUGCGGUCAUCCGCUUGGGCUGCGAUUGGGUGAGCCGGCUGCUGGUGUUCCCAUUAAGAAAAGGCCGGUUUUCUUAUCCGACAAAUCAGUUCCAUCUGGAAUGACACUCUCCAUGAAGCCCCCAUCUACUCCGACGGGGAUGUCCGUCUCGGCUCUGGUGGCUGGCUUUAGCAACGAGCCUGUCUUGAAUAGAUCUAAAUCGGAUAUUCCCAGUAGAUCUUUUACUCCGUUGACGAACGAGAAGAAAGGCGUGCUACUUAAUGGCUCAAGCGAGAUCCCCUCUCGUGGAGAGAGUGGUAGACUAGGGAGUGCUGCUCCCGUUGCCAGAUCACAGAGUCACAAGUUUCUGACUUUGGAUUUACAGUUAGCGUCUCGUCAGAAUGUCAAAAUCAACUCUAAUUCCCCUGUCAAGAAAGAGAAACUAGAUCAGGGGUUUUCUAUAUUUCCUUCAGCAAGACCUCCCAAGGAUGUGCAAACAACAAGUGGCAUGGAAUCUUCUUCUAACUCUAGCUUGGGAAAACUAUCUAAUUUAGAUCUUAAUGUAUCACUGGACCCAGUUGAUCAACUUGAAGGUUUGCCUACAAUGCAGGCUGGCUUUAACAUACCCCAUCAUACAACAAUUCAGCAUCAGAAAGCACAGGUUCCCCCAGUGGCACCCUUUUCUUCAGUAAGCAGUCGGCUGAGUCUAAAUAUUGACAAUACUCUGAAACCGUCAAGUGCAUAUCAACUUCCUAAUAAGAGUGUGGCAGCUGAUGUUACCUUAGAUUUGCAACUUAAACCACCAACCAGACCAGAGCUUGGAAUAAGCUGGAAAGGCCUUGCUCCUGAUCCAGAGCUAAGCCUCUCUCUAUCUGGUAAUCACACAGAUGAGCCUAAGGGUCUGAAUGUUCCUGAUGCUAUAUUUACGUCUGAACCUGUUGAAAGAGCCAAUAAGAUCAGCCUGGAGGUUCCUGCACCAGUCUCCAAUAAAUCACCAGCUGAGAAGAUUUUGAAACCUAUGGCGUGUAAUGUAAAUCCUCACACCACCAUGCCACAAUCAGUUUCUGGAAAUGUGGAGAUAAUGCCCAGUAAUUUGGUGAAGAAAGAGCCUGGAGAACCUACACGGCGACAUAUCCAGAAAAAUGUAGAAAAGGCACCUCUGUUCGUCCAACAAAGUGUUGGACAGGCUAGCAGUAGUGCUGAAUUUGAAAAAACUGGCAACCUAAACCAAGUGUGUGGUAAAGCUGGCUUUGAUUUGUACUCUGGAAAGUUUCCAAAUGGUAGUGGUGUCCGCAAUGGAUUGGAGGUAGUGACUGAUAGUGUUCCUGCACAAACUGACAAGUUGUGUGGUGUUGCUUGCACUGAGAAAUUUAUCAAGCGUGAAGAAGUGACAACUGCCAUCCCAAGCCCUGUGAUUGCAACAGUAAGUGGUCAGUCUGAGUCAUUAAUUGCUAAAUCACUGCAUUUGGAAGGUAAUGUUGCCAGCCCUGUUGCUGGAUUAUGUGAACCAGCUAGUCAACCCACCAUUUCUGCUUCGGGACCUGCAAGCUGUAAUCCUGUUAAAGCUACUAUUGAUUGUAAACCAGCAGUUAAUCAGAUUCAUGCUCACAAAAAUGUGGCCCGGAAGCCUUGUGAUGUAUCCCGAAGUUCCUCCAACCCUACAGCUGAACCUCUGGUUUUCAAUUCUCUGCACCGUGCUGUACUUGAUGGUAUGUCCCAAGGAAGUGCUUCAAUGGACUUUUCAGAGGAUGGUGAUAAUGCUGUUUCACAGCUGCCUACUACCAAUAAGCCUCGUGUUGAGUCAUUGGGUAAUAGUCAAAUUACUGAGGUUAAUAACUUAAUCACAGAGCCGCGGAAAGAAGGUGAUAGUAAUAUGCAUCAUGACUGUUUGUCCGUGACAAAUAAGGUUCACAUUCAGGGCACUGAUGAUGUGAAGCGUGUUAAUACGCCAGAUGUCAUUGCCACCCAUUCAGGUGAGGAGGAGCAUGAAAGUGAGGUUUCUGUUAAUGGGAAAGCCAAAGACAAACAAUUGUUGACAUCUGAUAAGAAUUCCCCACUGACUAAUACUGACAUUACCAUGGAAGAUGUUAAGAUUUCCGCAGGUGCCAGUUCAGCAGAUCUUACAAGAUCACCUAUUUUGGGAGCUUCAGGUUCCCAUAAAAUAGAUUCUACGAGGCAAUCUCCCAAGACAUCUGAUAACACUGUCGAGAAGUGUAGAAUCCCAGUGAUAAAAUCUGAAAGGAGUCAGUCUCCUGAUGGUAAACAAGCUGCUAAUUGUAGCGAGGAUAAUACAAAAAUUGCUGCUGUAAAGAGUGAGCAUGGGACAGAAAAGGAAGAGAUUGCUAGAGGCUCUAAUUUACAGCCAAACGAUCCAGUUUUGGGUGAAGAUUCACUUGUUGACAGAGCUUCGACCAGUCAACUACAUAAUGAAUCUACAGAGGUAAAAUCGACAGGUGAAAGAUCAGAACACGAAAAAUCCAAACCUGACUCUUGCAUGACAUCUUCUGUACAGAAUGAAAAAGAUGGACAGGUUAAUGGGUCGCAUUGGCGAGAUGUGGCAAAUGCUUAUGUUAAUAGGAAUGAAAGAUGGGAGAGGUUCAUGCAGUCUGAGCGAGAGAACAAUAGAGAGUUCCAUGGUGGCAGAGACAUGAACAAUCAACGGAGGAUAGACCCACGUUAUCGUGGUCGUGGUGGUGGAUAUCAUGGCUAUCCAAGGAACUUCAGGGGUCCAAGAAUGAGCGAUGAGUCUGAAAUUGACUUCGAAGAUGAACCUAUUGUUGGCAGAAGGAGGCCACAUGAAAAUGACUACGGGCACUUGCACCGAACUCAGCAUAGGCGGCUGCGUUCACCACUGCAUCAGAUGCCUGGCUGCCUCAUGAGAGAAAUGGAGCAUGACAGAUUUUCUGGGAGAGAGAUUAUGGACCCUAGGCUGUUGGAUCACGGGCAGAUGGAUGAUGUCCCAGAUGACAUGAUGGAACAGAGGUUUUUCAUGCCCCAUCCUCAUUCACAGCACACUCUAGGUGAUCAUGCAUUUAUCCACAGGGACAGGAGUCAUUCACCUGGUCAAAGAAGGGGCGCCCCCGUGCAUUUCCACCGGGGACGGUCCCCUGAAACCAUGCACAGAUCACCACCACUAAACAGAAGUGACAGACCAUACUUACCUCAUCAACGCCACAUACGACGCCGUGGUUCUCCAUUCGACCGAGUAGGACAUGACGAGAGAGGUAUGCAAAGGAACAUGAAGCGGUGUGGCAUGCAUCAAGGUGUGGAAGGUGAGACCUUUGAGCCACCUUUACAUCCCGCUCAACUAGCCGUGCUACAUGCAGAGGCUGAGCUUACAGAGAGAAGGAGGUUUGGGGAGAGGAGAGGGUAUCGUCGAUCCUUGGAACGGAGCCCCAUGGGCGGCGACGAGGAGAUGCUCUCAUACCACCACGGCGAUGGCGACAUCGACUUCGCCGAUGGUGAUGGCGGUCCACGGGAGCCUGAUGGCCGUGGCUUCAGGAACAGAAUGGAGCACCGAGCAAGGGGCGAGCAGGAAGACGGCUUCAGGUACCGUGGCCCUCAGGGGUGCCGUGACGGCAACCCGAAUGACAGUAGAUCGAAGAAGAGGAGGUACUGA